UGUGUGGAUUUUAUUGAUCACAUGACAGCACGUGAGAUGUCAUUGAAAUUUUUCAGUCAGUGUAAAAUCUUCAUCGUUCUUCGUGUUCUUCUACUCAGCUGACUGGUGAAAAAAUUUAUAAUUUUCUGUUUGUGUUUUGAACGAUUUGGGGACAACUUGAAGCUCUUAAAAAUUCCAAUAAGAAUUAAAAAAGUAAAAGAAUCCAACUAAAAAAAAAAAAAUGUCUCGUCUUAACGCCCAACAAGCCCACAAGGAACAUGUCCUUGCUGUUUCUCGGGAUUUCAUUUCUCAACCACGAUUGACCUACAAAACUGUGUCCGGUGUAAACGGACCCUUGGUCAUCUUGGAUGAGGUGAAAUUCCCCAAGUUUGCCGAAAUUGUGCAACUUCGUUUGAAUGAUGGCACUGUUCGUUCCGGACAGGUGCUCGAAGUGAGCGGCUCCAAAGCCGUCGUUCAAGUGUUCGAAGGUACAUCAGGUAUUGAUGCCAAGAACACUCUUUGUGAAUUCACCGGUGACAUUUUGCGUACCCCCGUGUCCGAAGACAUGUUGGGACGUGUGUUCAACGGUUCUGGUAAACCCAUCGACAAGGGACCCCCAAUUUUGGCCGAAGAUUUCCUUGACAUCCAAGGUCAACCCAUUAACCCAUGGUCGCGUAUUUACCCCGAGGAAAUGAUCCAAACCGGUAUCUCCGCCAUCGAUGUGAUGAACUCGAUUGCUCGUGGUCAAAAGAUUCCCAUUUUCUCUGCUGCUGGUCUGCCCCACAACGAAAUUGCCGCUCAAAUCUGUCGUCAAGCUGGUUUGGUUAAGACCCCUGGCAAGUCUGUGCUCGAUGAUCAUGAGGAUAACUUCGCUAUUGUAUUCGCCGCUAUGGGUGUCAACAUGGAAACUGCUCGUUUCUUCAAGCAGGACUUCGAAGAGAACGGUUCCAUGGAGAAUGUGUGUUUGUUCUUGAACUUGGCCAACGAUCCAACCAUUGAACGUAUUAUUACUCCACGUUUGGCUUUGACAGCCGCCGAAUUCUUGGCCUACCAAUGCGAGAAGCACGUCUUGGUCAUUCUAACCGACAUGUCCUCAUACGCCGAAGCCUUGCGUGAGGUAUCAGCUGCCCGUGAAGAAGUGCCCGGUCGUCGUGGUUUCCCCGGUUACAUGUACACAGAUUUGGCCACCAUCUAUGAGCGUGCCGGACGUGUUGAAGGUCGUAACGGAUCAAUCACCCAAAUUCCCAUUCUUACUAUGCCCAACGACGAUAUUACCCAUCCAAUUCCUGAUUUGACUGGAUAUAUUACCGAAGGACAGAUUUACGUUGAUCGUCAAUUGCACAACAGACAGAUCUAUCCACCAGUCAAUGUGUUGCCAUCAUUGUCACGUUUGAUGAAGUCUGCCAUUGGUGAGGGCAUGACCAGGAAGGAUCACUCUGAUGUGUCGAAUCAGUUGUAUGCUUGUUAUGCUAUUGGUAAGGAUGUGCAAGCCAUGAAGGCUGUCGUCGGUGAGGAGGCUUUGACUCCUGAUGAUUUGCUAUACUUGGAAUUCUUGAGUAAAUUCGAAAAGAACUUUAUCUCGCAGGGUAACUAUGAAAACCGCACAGUAUUCGAGUCUCUCGAUAUCGGCUGGCAGUUGCUGCGUAUCUUCCCCAAGGAAAUGCUUAAGCGAAUCCCAGCUUCCAUCCUCGCGGAAUUCUACCCAAGAGACUCUCGUCACUAAGGUCAGCACAAAGCCCCCUCCACUUUACAACCAUUCUCCUCUUGUUAAAGUUGCUGUAAAUUAAAACAAACACAAAAAAAAGAACAA